AUGACUAAAUUCGGUCAGAUCGUCAUCGGUCCACCAGGCGCAGGCAAAACGACAUAUGUGGAUGGUUUAUCUCAGUUCCUCACCGCCCUUCACCGUCCCUUAACACGUAUCAAUCUCGAUCCUGCUGCCGAUGAGCCACCUUACACACCUGAUAUUGAUAUACGUGAUCUGUGUACUGUGGCCGAUAUCAUGCAGGAACAUUCCCUCGGUCCUAAUGGUGCCACCCUCUUUGCGUUUGAAUACAUUGACGUCAAUUUCGAUUGGUUGGAACAUCGUAUAGAGGAGUGUGGGGGCGAGUACUUGGUUUUUGAUAUGCCUGGCCAGGUCGAGCUCACCACGGGACAUACCGCACUCACCAAUAUCCUCACAAAGCUCAAGAAGCAACUCGAUUGCAGGCUAGUAGUCGUCAAUCUCACCGACGCUCAUUGUCUCGCUGAACCAAGCAGAUAUAUUGCCGUUUGUCUCCUCUCACUCCGUUCUAUGCUGGCUUUGGAGCAACCGCAAAUCAACGUUCUGUCUAAAAUAGACACUCUUCCUCGUUUCGGUGAUCUGCCCUUCAACCUCGAUUAUUACACACAGGUACACGAUCUCGAUUACAUCUGCGACUAUCUUAACACUCAGCGACACACUUCUCGUUUAGAAGGUUUGAAUAGGGCUAUUUGUGAGAUGGUUGAAGAUUUCGGAUUGGUGUCUUUUGAGACACUCGCAGUCGAGGAUAAACAAAGCAUGACUAAGCUCGUCAGACUCACUGACCGAGUCUGUGGAUAUGUGUUUCAGGGCGAACUCUCUGAACAGGACAGCGCACUGUCGCUCUUCACCUCCGCUAUGGGCUCACUUCCAGGUGAACACGAUAUAGAUGUCCAGGAGAGAUGGCUCGAUGCGCGCGAGGACUAUGACGCUUUUGAGGACCAGUUGUGGAAGGAUGAGGGUGAGUUGGUGGCGGAAGAGCAGAGUCGGGAGGAGUUGAAGACGGGUGAGAAGCAACCACAACAAGCUACCCAUCUCAAGCCAACUGCAAACACUUUCUCAGGCGCAGACAGGCCGAAGGUCGCAAGUACGAAUAAGUGA